AUGAUCUUAAUAGCACCUAGUAAACCAUCAAAUAGUAUUAUUGCAACAUUUCGUCAUUUACAAGCAUUUUCUAAUGAUUAUAGUGGUAGUGUAUUAACUGAAGAUGAAUGUAAACAAUUUCAAACAAUUGCCAUGGAAGAAAUUACUAAAAAUUAUUAUGAAUUAUGUUCAGAGAUCUUAUCAUCGGUUCGAAAAAUGGAAGAUAGUAUUCAACGUUUAAGACGUGUUCGUGAAUCGUCUAAAGCUUUAUCAACUAUGUCACAAAGUAUGACAACAUCAUCAACAGCUGCAUUGACAGAUGAUAAUAAAAUUCGUAUGCAAAUUCAACAUGAUGUUAAUGCAUAUACUAGCGAACUUAAAAAUCUCGAUAUUCAUAUUGAAUCAUCGAAUAAAUUAACUAUUCUUAAUGAAGAAAGUCGUUUACAAAUUUAA